GGGUGCGUAUCGGUAACAUCCACAGGCGUCGAAUGUCACUUGGAUCCUAACGCUCGGUCGUAUAUUUUGUUUAACCAAAACAUCGCACAUACUUGUCAAAGACCAUCAAUAACUACUCCAAUGUAUUAUUUUUCUCAGCUUUAUUUCUCCCAAAACAAGCACAUUUACUGAGAUAUAGAUUCCAUAUUCCUGCGCAGAGAGGUUGACUUUGCAUUCUGGAACGUACCCAGUGUCCGAACCCGGAAGUUUGGGAAAACUGCCAAAAAAGCUGUCGCUGAUACAGAAAGCUUCAACCAAGGCUCAAGAUAGCUAACAAACUGUCGUUGUACAUGUAGCUAUCUCGCAUAUUUCUGCGGAUUCAAAAUGGAUGCGGAAACAGAGUGUUGCAAAUGUCACCUCUUGGAUUUGCCCUGGGAGGAUGUGUUGGUAACACACAUCUUCUGCUACCUGCCAAUACGCCAGCUGGUGCGGCUACAGAGAGUGAGCAAGCAGUUCUAUGCCCUCAUCCAGGUGUACCUGGCCAACUGUCGCACCUUUGACCCCACACAGAUAGGGCCUAGCCUUCCCAAGGAGGCAUUCUGCAACAUACUAAGGGACAACAAAGUCCUACAGAACUUGUCCGUCCAGAACUGCUCCGAUUGGGUGACAGACACGGAGCUGCUGCCUGUGAUUGGCCAGAACCAGCACCUGCUGAGAGUAGACAUGAGGGGGUGUGACCGGCUGACCCGUCACUCCUUAGUAGCGGUGUCGUUGAGCUGCACACACCUGCAGUACCUGGGCCUGGCCCACUGUGAAUGGGUGGACAGCCUGUCCAUACGCAGCCUGGCUGACCACUGUGGGGGCCUGAGGUCCAUCGACCUGACCGCCUGCCGCCAGCUCAAAGACGAGGCCAUCUGCUAUUUAUCCAAGAAAUGUCUGAAGAUGAGGUCGCUGUCUGUGGCGGUCAACGCCAACAUUACAGACGUGUCUGUGGAGGAAGUGGCCAAGAACUGCAGGGAGCUGGAACAGCUGGACCUGACAGGCUGCCUGAGGGUUAGGAAUGACUCCAUCAGGACUGUUGCAGAGUACUGCCCCAAGCUGCAGUCUCUGAAGGUGAACCACUGUCACAACGUGACUGAGUCCAGUCUGGACACCCUGCGGAAGAGGAACGUUGAGAUUGACGUGGAGCCACCACUACAGAGGGCCCUUGUGCUGCUGCAGGAUGUGGUGGGGUUCGCUCCCUUCAUCAACCUCCAGAUCUAGGCUAAAGGACAUCUGUAUUACUCAUCCAACCAACUGGAAACAGGUUUUCCUCCACUAGGAGAAUGACCUGUUUCAAUUGAAACACACCCUGUGUAUUCUGGGACAUCAAUUAAGCAAUUCAAGGACAAACAAAAACGGAUGUAUAUGGGAAAUAUAUUGUGAAACUUGUCUCUUUAUUUAUUACAGUGAUGUUGCAGAUUAUAAUUAUGCACUUAGGAAAAGACUGAAGGAAGCCGUGCACAUUUCAGUAACGCUGUCACGAGUCCAAAAGAUUCCUGCAGUAUUUAUUUGUAUCUCAUCACACACACUAACAACACUUUAGAUGGUCUUGUGAUCUAUAGCUUUAAAAAAAAAGGACAAUUCCAACCAAAGGAGAAGCCGUAACUAUAAGAGCAUAUUGUUGAGUUUUUGUGUGUUUAUUGACAUGUUACUCUGCUAAAUGUAUGAUACAUACACCUCUAAAUGUCUCAUACAGAUUAGCUAGGUCAACUUUUACAUAUUAGGUAGGUAAAUGUUUUAUAUUCGGUAAAUAAACGUUUUAUAUUGUG